GCUUUACAAAAGACACAGAGCUAAAUAAACAUAAGGACAUCCAAAAAGCAGUUCAAGAAGCCCUCUCAGGCAAACUUCUACAACUACCUAGUUACCUAGACGAUAUUUCUGAAAACAUACAACAAAUGUUAUCUUUCACCUUACCUAUAAGAAACAAAGCUCAUACUAAAGCUGUAGUCACAGCACUUCAUCGCAUUUACCAAUUUGAUCAGCUACCUGAGGAAUACUUCGCAAACCUAAACCCUCUUCCAAAAAACCUAGCCAACCUUCACCCUGCACCAACAAUACCAAACGAGUUAGAUAAGAUCCUUAACUACUUAAAAAAUAAUGACAUCGACACAACACAACUAACUCUUCCAAUCACAGACCAAAAGGCUGCCUCUGAAACCCUCAAAAUAUUACAUCAACACUUCAUAGUCAAAACUAUACCCAACUCAAUCUUAGCACUCCCACCCCUCCCAGAACCUACCUGGGGAAUCUUUUCUCAAUAA